UGAAGACAGCAGUGUAGAAAUACCAGCAGUGGUUCUCCAGCACACAGACCAGCACCUGCCUAUAAGCACAAGUAUAAAUACCGGCUAAGUAGCGACCAUAUUUCCUCUGCAGCCACCAACAACCUCUGCAGUCUCAGACAAGCAUUGGGAUCCAACUCCAAGCAUCAUGCUAGGACAGCGCGCCCUCGCGCUUCUAGGGCUCCUGGUCCCCUUGAGCACCGCCCGCGCCUUGACGGAAAUGCCCAAGGUAACGACGUACACGGGCAUGUACCCCCGGAAACUCUGGACCGAGUAUCUCCCCGAUCAGAGAUGGUGGGACAUCAAGAGUAACGACAAGAUGUUCUCGACGUGCUGGGCAGUUUGUAUGGAAUUUGAUAUCGAGUGUGGCGUGGACUGGUUGAAUGUGGAAGUCGAAGGCUGCAAGACGUGCUGCGCCGAGCAGACGAUCUUCACGUACAGCAGCGAAUGGACGGGCCCCGAAGACGGCGUCUGGCGAGAGGGCCCGGAGACGGACUGGGGCAAGGACGACCUGUUCGACGACACGCUCGACCCCUACUACGACUGGGGCCAGACCGAGUUUGUCACUGUCGCCGGCGACUGGGACGAUUAUCGUUGA